AACCAAUUGAAUACAACAGUACAGAAGAGUUUGUGUACAACGAAAUCACAACAUAUAAUAUCAUCAAAAAUUCAUACAUACAAUAGAUAACGCACAUGAUCUAUAUACAUCGAUUAUAGUUCUUCUUCGUGGAGGAGAUUGCUAUCUCGAUCAAUAAUACUACAUCGGUCGGAUAUACGUUCAGAAAAACUUAGGCACUUCAAUUCACCAACACGACUGAGCAUAGACUGAAGACAUUCUGGCCUCAUCAUAGGGUUGGUUCUAUAGCAUGUAGCUCAUCAGACUCAAUCCAGUCAUACACCAAAUCAUCACUCCCUCAACAAGAACUUGAGCAAAUGCUUUUGUUUAUUGAAGCUUGUUCCAAUUCCGGGAAGUAAGGCUCCAAGUUUCAACACCCAAAAGGGGAGAGUACUGCUUCUCUUUUCAAACAUAUCAUUCCUCUGCAGCCCACUCCCCUUCACUUACAGACCCAGGCCCCCUCACCCCUGGCUCGAGCUCCGGGCCCACCGUUAUCCCUGACCACGUGACGUUGGCCCCACCGGAUCGCAACGGGCAACCAGGGCCACCCCCUAGAUUGCUCUCGGAGAGGGAGGAACUGUGCAAGUAAAAGCCUGACUUCUCAAAAGGCACCUCACUAGCAAAUUGGUGGGGAUCCACAGUGUAAUUUUCUAGAAUGUAUUGGCUCUUGGUGAAGAAAGGUGGCAAUGCACUUGAAGGAAGAUUGAAGCUUUUGUGAUAUGGGAACCUUUUUUUUUUAAACCCAGCACCUUUCUUCCUCAGAACAGUAAGCCAAAAAAGCAUGAGAGGGAAGUACAGGCAUAUAUGAAAAGUCAUUGAACACUUCCAUUUCUACCUAGGUUAGUAGUAGCCAGUCCUCUCACGGAUUCUCAAUCUCACUACAGGGUUUGGUUGACUAUGUCACCACCUCCCUCCUCUUUAAAUCUCCCUCCCUCCCCCUUUCAUUUGCUCUACUCAUCUUUUCACCAACACCUUUAACCUCAGAAUUUACCCAUCAACACCAUGAAAACAUCACCCACAAAUGUCUCCAAGCUCUUCAUGUUUCUACUACUAAGCAGUGUCACCAUGCACUCCUCAGAUAUCGACACACCAUCUUCUCUCCAAACUCUAUCCAUCGAUGGUUCCUUCAGUUUCCAUAAUAUCUCUCAUGCUGCAAAGGACUUUGGUAAUCGGUAUCAAUUCCUUCCUUCCGCAAUUCUCCAGCCUAACUCAGUCUCUGACAUUGCCAAAACAAUAAGGCAUGUCUUUGAAUUGGGUCCAUACUCGAACCUCACAAUUGCAGCCAGAGGCCGUGGGCACUCUCUCCAGGGCCAGGCACAGGCACUGGAGGGCAUCAUAAUCCAAAUGGAAUCCUUUCGGGGACAGGAAACACGUGUCCACAAUGGAGAGAUCCCUUAUGUCGAAGCAUCGGGUGGUGCACUGUGGAUUAAUAUUCUGAACGAGAGCCUCAAGCAUGGUCUCGCACCUAAAUCGUGGACCGAUUAUCUUCAUCUGACAAUUGGCGGCACGUUAUCCAAUGCAGGAGUCAGUGGACAAGCAUUCAGACACGGACCACAAAUCAGUAAUGUUUACCAGCUGGAAGUAGUGACAGGAAAAGGAGAGGUGGUUAACUGUUCAAAAACAGAGAAUGCUGACCUCUUCUUUGGCGUCCUUGGAGGUCUUGGACAGUUUGGAAUCAUCACCAAAGCUAAAAUUGCACUUGAACCUGCACCGAAAAUGGUAAAGUGGAUCAGAGUUCUGUACUCGGAUAUAACCACCUUUACAGAGGACCAGGAGAUGAUGAUAUCAGCAGAAAAUACUUUUGAUUACAUUGAGGGAUUCGUGAUAAUAAACAGAACAGGAAUUCUGAACAACUGGAGAUCUUCAUUCAACCCACAGGACCCUGUUCAAGCGAGUCAGUUUAAAUCCGAUGGGAGAAUUCUGUUCUGCCUUGAGAUGACCAAAAACUUCAAUUCAGAUGAGUCAGAGCUAGCAGACCAGGAAAUUAAUGCGCUUCUAUCUCGGCUUCGAUUCAUACCAUCUACCCUGUUCAAAUCCAAGGUCUCGUACGUUGAAUUCUUGGACAGAGUGCAUAUAUCUGAAAUGCAGUUGAGAUCAAAAGGACUGUGGGAAGUGCCACACCCUUGGUUAAAUCUUCUUAUUCCAAGAAGUAAAAUCCAAGACUUUGCCAAAGAGGUCUUUGGGAAAAUUCUUACAGACAGCAGCACUGGUCCCAUACUCAUGUACCCAGUACAUAAAUCCAAAUGGGAUAAUAGAACAUCGGUAGUACUUCCAGAUGAGGAGGUAUUCUACUUGGUUGGUCUACUUACAUCGGCACCAUCUUCAUCAGGCCAUGACAAUUUGGAUCGUGCCCUCAAACAGAACCAGAGAAUUUUAGACUUCUGUAAGAAAGCAAGAAUCGGGAUGAAGCAGUAUUUGGCUCACUACAAUACUCAAGAAGAGUGGAAACACCACUUCGGAGCGAGAUGGGAAGAAUUUCAACAGAGGAAACAAGCCUAUGAUCCGCUGGCAAUUCUAGCACCUGGGCAGAGAAUUUUCCAAAAGACAGGAUUUUCUUUAUGACAGUUACGUUUUUUGGAGUAAAAAGAAAAUAUUGUAAAAAAUUGUAGAAAUAAUUAUUAAUACUACAUGCCCGAGUACAGAUCAA